GGCAGGCACAGCCCACGGGCAGUCGGGAGGUCGGCAUAGGCUGCGCGGGCGCAGUCCUCCCUCGGGGGAGAGGAUGCGCGCGCAGCGCCUCCCGCCCUAGCGGAAGUUUCCGCAGGGCAACUGAGAAGGACACAGUUAAGAUGGAGUUUCCAGCCCAGUGAAUCUGAGGGCCAGAUCGUGACCCCAUAAAGCAUGAUCUGUCCAGACUGUGGCAAAGGUAUUGAAGCAACAUUCAAAUUCUGCCCCUACUGCGGAAAACCUUUGCCUACAGAGAAGCAUGAGGAGUCCCAGUCCUUUGUUAAACCGUUUACAUCAUCCUCCCAAGGCUCAAGGAGAAAAAGGAACACCAGUUCCGAAACAUCUUCCAAGAAAGUGAAAUGGUCCAGCUAUGCUACCUCCCCCUCCUUCUCCCUCCCCUCGGAAGGCAAGAGUUCUGGAUCUGAAGACACCUUGAGUACCAGUGGGAAACCCAAAGGGAACCUGAGCAGAUCCCCAACUCCCCGUAGCAGCCCUCAGACAACCAGACAAAGCCCUCAGACCCUGAAGCGAAGCCGGAUGACCACCUCGCUGGAGGCUUUGCCAGUGGGGACGGUGCUGACAGACAAGAGUGGGCGGCACUGGAAGCUGAGAUGCCUCCAGACCAGGGAUGACCAGGGCAUUCUCUAUGAAGCUGAGUCUGACUCCACCACCGGCAAUGGGUCAAGCCCCCAGAAACAAAGAUUCUCACUUAAACUAGAUGCCAAGGAUGGACGCUUGUUCAAUGAACAGAACUUCUUCCAGCGGGCGGCCAAGCCUUUGCAAGUGAACAAGUGGAAGAAGCUGUACUCAAUCCCGCAGCUGGCCAUCCCCACCUGCAUCGGUUUCGGCGUUCACCAGGACAAGUACAGGUUCUUGGUGUUUCCCAUCCUGGGGAGGAGCCUUCAGUCAAUCCUGGAUGACUUCCCAAAGCACGUGAUGUCAGUGAGGUCUGUGUUCCAGAUGGCCUGCCGGCUGCUGGAUGCCCUGGAGUUCCUCCAUGAGAAUGAGUACGUUCAUGGCAACAUGACAGCUAAGAAUAUCUUUGUGAAUCCAGAGAACCUGUGCCAGGUGACCCUGGCAGGCUACGGCUUCACCUUCCGCUAUUCGCCAGGUGGCAGACACGUGGCUUACACCGAAGGCAGCAGGAGCCCACAUGAGGGGGACCUUGAGUUCAUUAGCAUGGACCUGCACAAGGGAUGCGGGCCCUCCCGCCGCAGUGACCUCCAGACCCUGGGCUACUGUUUGUUGAAGUGGCUCUAUGGGACCCUGCCGUGGACAAACUGCCUUCCCAACACCGAGGAGAUCAUGAAGCUGAAACAGAAGUUUCUUGACAACCCGGAGGGCCUCGUGGGACAGUGCAGUCGCUGGAUCACCCCCUCAGAGACCCUGCAGGAGUACCUGAAGGUGGUGAUGGCCCUCCAAUACGAGGAGAAGCCGCCCUACUCCACACUGAGGAACAAUCUGGAAGCCCUGCUGCAGGACCUGCGGGUAUCUGCCUACGACCCCUUGGACCUCCAGGUGGUACUCUAGAACUUUCAGCCUGGGGUUUGAAAUAGGAAAAAAAAAGGAGCUAUGUGAGUCAAGGCCUGCUGUAGAAUCACAGAUAAGCUUCUCGAAAGAUCCCUCAAAUGUGCAUUCCUGCCGCUUCUUCAGGUGAAACUGCUCAUCAUCGGUCUAGAUCAGCCUCAGGGAACUUGGAAGUUAGGCCCCAAAUACUGUGAACUCCCUCCUUUCGACUGUCCCUCCCUUCAGCUGUUGUCUCCCGCCAGCCCCUGAGGCUUCGGGUGGAGAAGACCCCCGGUCACAGAUGGGGGUUGGGCUGGUCCCGUCAGUGGGGACGCUGCCAUUGGCACCACUACGCUUUGACAAUAAAUGGUUUCAUUGGCACUUGGAGAGUCGACUGUCUGCAAAAGAAGUCCCUUUUGGAAAAAUUUAGCUCAUUUUUUCCCCCAUCCAUCCAUCCGUCUCUUCAGUGUUUCAUCCAACCAUCCACUCUUUCUUUUUGUAAAAUAUUUAUUUAUCUGGCUGUGUCGGAUCUUAGUUGCUGUGAGAGGGCUUAGUUGCCCCAGAGCAUGUGGGAUCUUAGUUCCCUGAUCACGGAUUGAACCCACAUCCCCUGCAUUGGAAGGCAGAUUCUUAACCACUGGACCACCAGGGAGUUCCCUCCACUCUUCCAUAGAUCUGUCCACAUUUUUGAGCAGACACUCAUUCAUCCAUUCUUUCACUUACCAUCCAUCAUCUGUCUAUCCAUGCACCCAUCCAUAUACUUGUCCAUCCAUCCCUCCAUCCAUUCACCCUUUUAUCCGUCUACUCAUUUACCAGUCAUUCUCUCAUCCACUUACCCUUCUCUUCUGCACAUUCACCCUUCCUCUUAUUCAACAAACAUUCAGCAGACAUGUCUUGAGUUCAUACUAUACGACACCCAUCAUGCUGCCCAGAGGAUCCUGACGAACCAGACCUAGGCACCAAGGUCCUUGAGCUGAUGGAGCCUACAGUCAAGCGAAAGGACAUGACUUGGGGCUGUGGUCGGCACUCUGAAGACAAAGCACGGGCUGUGAUGGAGAAUGAGGGUCCUCCAGACUGGAGGGCACCUUUGGGGGGAGCCUGGACACAGACCAGGGAGGAGGCCACAGGACAGAGAAAGAGAGAGCCUGGGGAGAGAUGUCAGAGGCGGGCUGGCCAGCAGCAUGUGGCAAAUAAUUAGACUGAGAAGAAUCAAGGAGGAGGAGGAGCUUCAAAUAAAAAGAAAAAUGGAGGAGGAGAUAAACAUGCCUCCUUGAAUUUCACUUUGGAUAUUUUAAAUUGUGCGCCCUGCUUUGGGAUGGGAAGACUCAGAGGCUGGAAGGGGGGAUAAACUGCUCAGAGAAGCCUUGAUUCUCUCCUUUCUCUGGAGAGGAAGGAAGAAUGAGCGGACUGAUGACCAUUUCCUGGUUGAAAGGAAGGGUGUAUAACCCUUUGCAGAAGGAGGUAUUCCUCAAUGAGUGAAAAAGCCCAUCAGAAAAUCUCCCACUGGCAGCCCCUCUGUGUUCUUGAGUCCACAAGAGAAGAGGGACGUCAGCCACCCUUGGGGAUCCCAGAUCAGGCAGGAGGGAUGGUCACAGUCGACGCCUGCGCCCCCCACCACCACCACCCUCCCGCCCUCGGUGCACUUGGCCAAGGUCCAGCUCCCCUCCCCACCCCGGUCCUCCCCUCCCCUCUCUGAGCAAGCCAAGCCAGCAGGACCAGCGCUGCUCAGACAACAGGAGAAGCCCACAUCCAGGCAGAGCAGCAAGAGUGUGGACAGUGGACAGUCUCCCUCCCUGUCCCUGAGGCAGCCUUUACCUGUCUCCAGAGCCCAGGUUUUGACAGAUCAUCCCAGCCUCUGAAAGAAGAGGAGGAUGUCCUCGGCAUUAAUGAUCUUAGUUCUCAGAGCAGCGAUCAAACCUGUAUCCUCUGCGUUGGCAGGCACAUUCUUAACCACGGGACCACCAGGGAAUUCUGGACACCAUUUCUAAAGGUCAUUGAUCAAGAGAUGCAACCUAAUCCUGAAAAAUGGCAAGGCAAAAUGUGCCAUGAAAGAUGGAAUUGCGUCCUUCAGCACCUCUAGUUUGUAGAGCAGUUACAGCCUGAAAUUAUUAACUUUAUGCUAAAACAUAUUCCUAUCUUGGCUCAUAAUGCUACUGUUGGGCGUGUUCCCUCAUGAAUGGAAACAAUGGAAAAAGUUAAAUGGACGCUCAGUGGGAAAAAGAACAAAAGCAGUUGGCUGUGACUCUUGUAAAAACUAUAUUAAUGUAAAUAGACACAGAAUGGAACUGCAAGGAAUUUUAUAAGCAGAUUCUGAAAAAAAAAAAAGA